UUAAACGUUAAAAUUAAAUAUUCAAAAAGACUGUUGGAAGUAAAAAAUAUAUUUUAUAAAUUGAUACAAAUCUAGCUGAAGGUAGAUUUUUUAUGAAAUUCCAUCAUUCAAAAUGGCUCCACGAGAAACAGUAAAAGCUACUCCAAAGUUACAGCGAACUAUAACAAAAGCUACAAAAGCCAAGGCAUCUCCUGUUAGUGUUAAAAAAGUAAUGUCGAGAAACACCAAGGAAAGGAUCCCUAUUAAAGUAAACAACACAAAUAUUGAAUCAAGACCGAGGACAAAUACAGUACCAAAAGUAUCAACUCCAAAACCAAAGGAGAAUAAUUCUGACCCCUUUCCUGCUAGCGUAACUAAAAGUGCUAAAAAGGCAAAUUGGAAACGGCGACCAAAACCAGCCCACUCAGGUGUCCCUGUACCAGAGAAAAUGAAAAAGUUACUGGAGAAACAAUUACAAGACGCUGACUGUAGUUUAUAAAUAUAUUGUUGACUUAUUUGUAUAGUAGGUCAUUCUCUUAUUGGGUAUGAAUGAGUAGCGAUUGAGACAUUGGGAACAUUUUCCUGUAAAAUUUUAAUAUAAAAAUACUUUAUAAGUAUUUUUACUGUGUCAUAUUGAAAAGAGCAAAUAUCUAUCUUUAAAAUAAGUAAUAUUAAAUAAAUAAAUAAAUAUUAAUCUUAAUAAUAGGACUAGUUAUAUUAGCUCUUGUAUCAUUUCAUAAAAGUUUUACCAAUUUUUGUUCAUUUCAUGUUCAGUUGAAAAUCACUACAAUUAAAAACGAUCCCAUUUGAAAAUAAUUAUGUUAUAUUUUGUACAUAUUAUAUUACUACAAUCUCUCCAAUACCUUUGACAAUAAGAUUUCAUUAGAACUGAAGUUUUUGUAAUAUUUAGUUUGUAUGUUAUAGUUAUUUUCUUGCUUAUUCAAUUUUAAUGUAACAUGUUUAGAAUUUGUAUGACUCAUCUAGUAUUUGUUUUA